AUCUUCAUUCUCCAAACUAAGUACUCCAUGGAAUUGGAGCUCGGAAGUUCCGGUCCAACUAUCCUCCAAAAUGGCCGUCCACGGAACAGUCCGUUCAGCCAAUACGUACACGGCCGUAGCGAAGAGAAACAGAAGAGUGGUGGUGUGUGGGGAGACGUAAACCUGGCAUACAGGACGCUGGGCGUGGUGUUUGGGGGACUGGUCACUUCACCUCUCUAUGUCUACCCGUCCAUGAACUUGAGCUCUCCCAGCGAAGAGGACUACCUGGGCAUAUACAGCAUCAUCUUCUGGACUCUGACUCUCAUCGGGGUCGUCAAAUAUGUCUGCAUCGCUCUCAAGGCUGAUGACCGCGGCGAAGGCGGGACUUUUGCCAUGUACUCUUUACUCUGCAGGCACAUCAACAUCGGCAUCCUUCCGUCAAAGAAGCUGAAUUCGAUAGACGAUCGUUCGCAUAAUCACGAGCCUGGUAAGCUGGGAAAGUUUCUGGAGCGAAGCAUCAUUGCGCGAAGGAUAUUGCUGUUCGUUGCGGUGCUGGGGAUGUGCAUGCUCAUCGGCGACGGCAUUCUUACUCCCGCCAUUUCAGUGUUAUCAGCAAUAGAUGGAUUAAGAGGACCUUUCCCUUCGGUCAGUAAGUCUGCUGUUGAAGGUUUGUCUGCGGUAAUCCUGAUUGCUCUAUUCCUCUUGCAAAAGCACGGCACUUCUCGAGUGAGUUUUCUCUUUUCCCCCAUCAUGGCUUUGUGGACUUUCACCACUCCGAUCAUCGGCAUAUACAGCAUAAUUCACUACAACCCGAGCAUUUUAAAAACUGUGUCGCCGCAUUAUAUUCUGCAAUUUUUCUUAAGAAAUAAAAGGAAAGGGUGGCAAUUGCUCGGUGGCACCGUUCUAUGCAUCACAGGUGCCGAGGCAAUGUUUGCUGAUCUAGGCCAUUUCAACAGAAGGUCUAUUCAGUUGGCAUUCCUUUUCAGCAUAUAUCCUUCUCUAGUUCUCACAUACGCAGGGCAAACAGCUUAUCUGAUGAAGAAUCCUAAUGAUCAUAAUGAUGGAUUCUACAAGUUUGUGCCCGGUCCCGUCUAUUGGCCCAUGUUUAUCAUUGCGACAUUAGCGGCAAUUGUCGCGAGCCAAUCCUUAAUAUCAGCAACAUUCUCCGUCAUCAAGCAAUCGGUAGCCCUUGACUACUUUCCUCGCGUUAAGGUGGUUCACACGUCCCAGGACAAAGAAGGCGAGGUUUACUCACCGGAAACUAAUUAUAUUCUCAUGUUUCUGUGCGUUGCUGUCGUAGUCGGUUUCGGCGAUGGGAAGGACAUAGGAAAUGCAUUUGGUGUCGUGGUUAUACUUGUCAUGCUUAUAACAACAAUUCUACUCACUCUAGUUAUGAUCAUCAUAUGGAGAACCCCUCUUCUCCUUGCUGGGUUGUAUUUUGUGUGCUUUUUUGUGCUAGAAGGAUCUUACGUCAGUGCCGUCGUGACCAAGAUCAUUCAAGGAGGCUGGUUGCCAUUCGCGGUUUCGAUAAUCCUCGCAUCUAUAAUGUUCGCGUGGUACUACGGAAGGCAAAAGAAGAUCGAAUAUGAAACGACGAACAAAAUAACAUUGGAAUGCCUUGCAGAGCUGCUGUCGAGCUCAGAGAUACAGAGAGUCCCAGGACUCUGCUUCUUUUACAGCAAUACACAAGACGGGCUCACACCUAUACUCCGACACUAUAUAACGAACACGCACUCGCUGCACAAAGUCACGGUUUUCACCACUCUUAGAUACUUGUUAGUGCCCAAAGUUGCUGAGAAAGAGAGGGUUCUUGUUACAAGAUUCGGAGUAAACGGAGUGUAUGGGUGCAUAAUCCAGUACGGGUACGCCGACAAGCUCAAUAGCCAAGGCGAGGACUUUGUGAGCCAAGUGACGAAUACUCUGCGAGCGUAUAUUGAGAAGAAUGCGGAGGGCCAAUCAAGCGGUUGUGUCGAAGCAGAGGUUUCGCGGUUGAAAGAGGCUAAAGCAGCAGGGGUGGUGCAUGUGAGGGGUAAAACAAGGUUUCAUGUGGGCAAGGACAGUGGGUGGUUUGAUAGGAUCUUAAUUGGGUACUAUGAGUUCCUGCAUAACAAUUGUAGAUCAGCAUUGCCCACACUGGGAGUUCCUCUUCAUCAAAGAAUGGAGAUUGGGAUGCUGUACAAGGCUUGAUGCAAUUGUAAUGUUAAUCGAACUUCCCCCAGUCACAUAUUUGUGCUCUUUAUGUAUGUUCGUCCUGAUGAAUGCAACUGUAUUAUUAACAUUUGAGUCUUGUGGUCAUAAUGCAUAGAUAGAUCUAUGCACAAAACGAAUUUUCUUAA